UCGCGUGCGGACGUCAAGUGCGCCCUGCUAAAUUAAAUUUAAUUGUGUAUACUCUUAUCGCUGUGAAAAGAAGAACUUUGCUUUGCAUCCAAUUAGGUUAUGCGAUAAACAAUUGUAAUGUUUAACAAUAUUCGCGCUUGGCUAGCACUAUUAUUUAUAUCUAGUGCAACAAUUAAUUAUGCGGAACUGCGGCAUAUUAGAAAAACAGACCCCGAAGCGAAAUGUGGAUAUGCGAGCUGUCAUCCAACGAAACCCAAUAUGUUGAAUGUGCAUCUUGUUGCACAUACGCAUGAUGACGUAGGCUGGCUUAAAACAGUCGAUCAAUAUUAUUAUGGCAGUGAAACGCUUAUACAAAAAGCUGGAGUGCAAUAUAUAAUUGAUUCGGUGGUGGCUUCGCUGCUUAAAGAUCCAGCGAAGCGCUUUAUCUAUGUGGAGUCGGCGUUCUUCUUCAAGUGGUGGAAAGAGCAAACACCAGAGCUGCAAGAACAGGUUAAGAUGUUGGUCAACGAGGGCAGACUGGAGUUCAUUGGCGGCGCUUGGAGCAUGAACGAUGAGGCGACAACGCAUUAUCAAAGCACAAUCGAUCAGUUUGCAUGGGGCUUGCGCAAGCUCAAUGACACCUUUGGCGAGUGUGGACGUCCGCGUGUGGGCUGGCAAAUCGAUCCGUUUGGACAUUCCAGAGAGAUGGCUUCAAUGUUUGCGCAAAUGGGAUUCGAUGGCAUGUUCUUUGGUCGCCUGGACUAUCAGGAUAAGGACGAGCGCUUGAUGACAAAGAAAGCUGAAAUGAUAUGGCAUGGCUCAGCUAAUUUGGCUGAAAAAGCGGAUUUGUUUACUGGCGCUUUGUACAAUAAUUAUCAAGCGCCUCCAGGUUUUUGCUUUGAUAUACUCUGCGCCGAUCAGCCCAUUAUAGAUGGCAAGCAUAGUCCCGAUAAUAAUGUAAAGCAAAAGAUUGAUGCAUUCUUUGAGUUUGUUACUAAAAUGUCCAAAGGCUAUCGUACGCCCAAUUUGUUAAUAACAAUGGGUGAAGAUUUCCAUUACCAAAACGCUGAUAUGUGGUAUAAAAAUCUGGAUAAAUUAAUAAAAUACGCAAAUGAACGUCAAGCAAAUGGCUCCAACAUUAAUUUGCUUUACUCCACGCCCUCGUGCUAUUUGAAAUCGCUGCAUGACGCCGGCAUCUCUUGGCCCACCAAGAGCGACGACUUCUUUCCCUACGCCUCCGAUCCGCAUGCCUACUGGACAGGUUACUUCAGCUCACGGCCCACGCUCAAGCGCUACGAACGCGAUGGCAAUCAUUUUCUACAAGUAUGCAAACAGUUGGGUGCAUUGACUCCCAAGCAGUCGCCCGAGUUUGAAGCACAUUUGGGAUUCAUGCGUGAGACCAUGGGCAUAAUGCAACACCAUGAUGCAGUAACAGGCACAGAGAAGCAAAAGGUGGCGCUGGACUAUGCCAAGCGCUUGAGUGUGGCCAUACGCGCUUGUGGCGCCAAUAUGAGAAACAUAUUGAACACUUUAUCCUUGGGCAGCAAACAGAAUGAGCUGGACGGCAGCAAGAACAAUGUGCUGGAGUUUAAAACUUGCACUUUGCUAAACAUAAGCAGCUGCUCGGUGAGCGAAACAAAUGAAAGAUUUGCUCUGACGCUUUAUAAUCCAUUGGCGCAUAGCACAAAUGAAUAUGUGAGAAUACCUGUUCCGGAUUACAAGUAUAUAGUGCUGGAUCAUGCAGGCAAGCGUGUGCCCACUCAAGUUGUACCCGUGCCCAAGGCUCUUAUACAAAUCAAACACCGCAAGUCCAGCGCUGCCUUUGAGCUCGUCUUCCAAGCUACGCAGCUGCCGCCUGUAGGUUAUAAGACUUACUAUAUAGAAAAGAACAGCAAUGCAACAAGAAGCUUGGCGCCCACAGCUAUGCCCAAGAAGUCCUCCAGCUACACCAGCAUAGGCAAUAAGCAAAUCAAACUCACUUUUGAUACCAAUGGCUUUCUUUCACAAGUGACAGCGGAUGAAAUGACGCGCAUGAUUAGCCAGGAGUUUCUAUACUACGAAGCUGCUGUAGGCGACAAUAGAGAGUUCCUCAAUCGCUCGUCUGGCGCUUACAUAUUCCGUCCGUAUAAAAACAAAUAUCACUUUGCUGCAGAUCAAGUGGACAUUGUUGUAUACAAAGGCGACUUGGUGCAGGAAGUGCAUCAGCAGUUUAAUGAAUGGAUAAGUCAAGUGGUGCGUGUUUAUAGCGAUAGCAAUCAUGCGGAGUUUGAGUGGCUAGUGGGUCCCAUACCCAUUGAUGAUAAAAUGGGCAAGGAGGUUAUAACGCGCUUCAAUUCGGAUAUUGAGUCCAAUGGCAUAUUCUAUACCGAUUCCAAUGGACGCGAAAUGCUGAAGCGUCAGCGUGAUCAUCGGGAUAGUUGGUAUGUGCGCAUACAUGAAGCAGUUUCGGGCAACUAUUAUCCAGUUACAGCUAAGAUUGCUUUGGAGGACAAGUUGGCACGCAUGGCUAUACUAACAGACAGAGCUCAGGGCGGCAGCUCACUCAAAGAUGGCGCGCUUGAGUUAAUGGUGCAUCGUCGCCUGCUGCAUGACGAUGCCUUCGGUGUGGAUGAGUCCUUGAAUGAAACCGAAUAUGGCGCUGGCUUAAUAGCGCGUGGCAAGCAUCAUCUAUUUGUUGGACAAUCGCAUUUGCGGCCAAGCAUAUCGCUGCAGGCGCUGGAGCGUGUAGCGCAGCUGGAAACGCUGCUGCCCAGCUGGAGAUUCUUUAGCAAUAUGUCGGCAUUUAGUUCAACACAAUGGUUAAGCAAGUUUAAAAAUAUGUACACUGGCAUUGCCUCAGCGCUGCCCAAGCAUAUACAUCUGCUUACGCUGGAGCCUUGGCACCACAAUGAGCUGCUGGUGCGCUUCGAGCACAUACUGGAGCAACAAGAUGAUCCAAUUUUAUCCAAAUACGUGCAGUUUAAUGUGCGCGAUGUGCUUAGCGGCUUCAAUAUACAGAAUAUGCGUGAAACCACUUUGGAUGGCAAUGCGUGGUUAGAUGAACAUCAGCGUCUACAGUUUGUGCCGGAUGCUGCAGGCGAGGAUUACAAUUCUUAUGCUACAUUUAGCAGAGCUGCCAAGUCCGUGCACUUGCUGCGUGCGGACAAACCGCAACUGGAUGCACUCUACUCCAGCGAAGCGCUGCCAGCAGGUCCAUUGGCAGCCGAAAGCAAUCGCAUCAAGCGCAGUGUAGAGUCCAAGCACUUUACCAUGCAUCGCGGUGGCGCUCAUAUGCAUAGCAAGCCAGUCAAGCAGGCACAGGAUAAAUAUUUAAUCGAAUUGAGUCCCAUGGAAAUACGCACAUUUGUUGUAUACUUGGGUUAACUUUAUAUACAAUUGAUAUAUAUACAAUAAAUAAUUGCAAACUAUUUAUUGCAAUGCUAACACUUAAGUAUUUUGUACA